CCAUUGCCUUCCACGUUAAACAUGGGCUGUGCUCAGAAAACAACAAGUGAACAUUGAGUUAGAAUUUGCAGAUUUGCAGAACUCCUGAACAAAAAUUUAGUCACUGUUAAGUGAAAUCUUGAACAGUUCAUCUAAAAUGAGUUUCCAGGGAGUAGGGUUUCUUCUCCAGUGCUACCUGAUGCUGGCAGCUGCCAUGUAUUUUGAUCUAGGUGAGCAGGAGGAAAAAUGCAUCAUUGAGGAGAUUCCAGAAGACACACUAGUGACAGGUCACUUCCUGUUGGAGCCCUGGGACCGGAUGAGACUGAGCCACUCCCCUCACCUUGGUGUCACUGCGAUAGUCAGAGAUCCAGAACAGGAGGUCAUGAUGUCAAAACGCUUUGGAAAAAAUGGCAAAUUCACCUUCACUGCUCAUGCCUCUGGUCAGCAUUACAUUUGCUUCCAAACCAAUUCCACAAAGUUUUCUGUCUUUGCUGGAGAAAGACUGAAGCUACAUUUGGAUGUCCAGAUGGGAGAACACUCCAUUGAUCCCAACGUUGACAGGACAAAAGACAACUUGCAGACUCUUGAGAACAGUCUCACACACCUCAUUGAUCAGAUGAAGUUCAUCACCAGGCAUCAGGACUAUCAAAGGGAGAAGGAGGAGGUAUUCCGUGCAAUCAGUGAAGAAACCAACGACAAAGUUCUGUGGUGGGCCGUGGUGCAGACCAUCAUUCUGCUGUCUGUGGGCUUCUGGCAGAUCAAACGACUCAAAGACUUUUUCAUAGCCAAGAAACUGGUGUGAAAAUGAACAUUAUCCAUCCAAAGACACGACUUCUAGUUGUCUCUUUGCUUGCCUUGGUUAUCCCAGUGCCAACAUUAUUGUAACCAGAAAGUUUAGACCUAUAAAGAAAACGUGUUUUGGAGGUAUAGUUUCCAAUUUUAGGACAAUGGAUGAAUGACAAAAUAAAUUUGGAUGAAAAAAAAAAGAACUGUUUCUAAUCUGUUUCUAACCAGAAAAGAAAUGAUAGAUUUUUGUGUAAUAUAAUGUUUUUGAAAGGUGUUUACUUUUGCUAUUACUGAAAACUCAAUUUGGUACUAAAAUGAAAAUAACUGACUCUAAUUUCCCUCUG